AUGCUGCGCCAGACCUCGCGCGCCCUCAAGGGCAUCGCCGAAGCUCGGCCACAACAUGCCCUCACCAUGGCCCAAAGGGCCACCGCCUUAGCAACACGGCGCAACACCCCAACAAAUAUCAGGAAUCAGUCUACCAAUGCUGCCGCAAAACCAUCCGCGACCGAGGCGAGGCCGAAACCCAGCCCGUCGUUCAACGCCGCCACCAGAGACCAGAGCCAUGUGCAACCCCUCGUCAACCCAAAAAAGAGCGAUAUGGAUGAGUCGUUCAUUGGGAAAACUGGCGGCGAAAUCUUCCACGAAAUGAUGCUCCGCCAUAACGUGAAGCAUAUUUUCGGAUACCCUGGUGGCGCCAUUCUCCCCGUCUUCGAUGCGAUCUACAACUCUCCCCACUUCGACUUCAUUCUUCCAAGGCACGAGCAAGGCGCCGGCCACAUGGCUGAGGGCUAUGCGCGCGCCUCAGGGAAACCCGGUGUCGUGCUGGUGACCUCUGGCCCUGGUGCCACCAAUGUUGUCACCCCCAUGGCCGACGCCCUUGCCGACGGCACCCCAAUGGUUGUGUUCACUGGCCAGGUCGUAACCUCUGCCAUUGGCAGCGAUGCAUUUCAGGAAGCCGACGUUAUCGGCAUCUCGCGUGCUUGCACAAAGUGGAACGUUAUGGUCAAGAGCGUCGGCGAACUUCCCCGGAGAAUCAACGAGGCCUUCGAGAUCGCUACCAGCGGUCGCCCCGGCCCCGUUUUGGUCGAUCUGCCCAAGGAUAUCACUGCCGGUGUCUUGAGGAGGGCCAUCCCUACGGAGUCUGCUCUCCCGACCGUCCCCAGCGCCGCGUCUCGCGCCGCCCUCGAGCUCACCCAGAAGCAGCUGAACCUUUCGAUCCGCCGCGUCGCCGAUCUUAUCAACAAGGCGAAGAAGCCCGUCAUCUACGCUGGGCACGGCGUUAUCUGCUCUAAGAAUGGGCCAGAGCUGCUCAAGGCCCUGGCCGAGAAGGCCUCGCUUCCCGUGACGACUACCCUCCACGGCCUGGGCUCCUUUGACGAGUUAGACGAGAAGUCGCUGCACAUGCUUGGCAUGCACGGUUCCGCGUACGCCAACAUGAGCAUGCAAGAGGCCGACCUGAUCAUUGCUCUCGGCGCUCGCUUCGAUGACCGUGUGACUCUAAGCAUUGCCAAAUUCGCGCCGGCCGCCAAAGCCGCGGCUAAGGAGGGCCGUGGUGGUAUCGUCCACUUUGAUAUCCUGCCCAAGAACAUCAACAAGGUUGUGCAAGCCACCGAGGCCGUUGAGGGUGAUAUCAGCGCCAACCUGGAACUUCUCCUGCCCCACGUCCAGGCUAAGACCAUGGACGACAGGCAGGCGUGGUUUGGCCAGAUCAAGGAGUGGAAGGCGAAGUGGCCCCUCUCUGACUAUGAGCGCGCCGAGCGUUCUGGUCUGAUCAAGCCCCAGACUUUGAUCGAGGAGCUCAGCAACCUCACUGCCGAGCGGAAGCACGACACGUACAUCUCCACCGGUGUCGGGCAGCACCAGAUGUGGGUUGCGCAGCACUUCCGCUGGCGCCACCCCCGCUCCAUGAUCACCUCGGGCGGUCUCGGCACCAUGGGGUACGGUCUUCCCGCGGCUAUUGGCGCCAAGGUCGCGAAGCCGGAUUCUCUCGUUAUUGACAUUGAUGGCGAUGCCUCGUUUGCCAUGACCUUGACUGAGCUGGCCACGGCUGCGCAGUUCAACAUCGGCGUUAAGAUUAUCGUCCUGAAUAACGAGGAGCAGGGCAUGGUUACGCAGUGGCAGAACCUCUUCUACGAGGAUCGGUAUUCGCACACUCACCAGAAGAACCCCGAUUUCAUGAAGCUGGCGGACGCGAUGGGCGUGAAGCACCGGCGUCUGGUAAAGCCCGAUGAGACUGUUGAAGCUCUCAAGUGGCUGAUUGACUCGGAUGGGCCUGCCCUGCUUGAGGUCGUGACGGAUAAGAAGGUGCCCGUUCUGCCCAUGGUCCCUGCUGGAUCAGGUCUGCACGAGUUCAUCACCUGGGAUAGUGCCAAGGAUAAGGAGAGGAGAGACCGGAUGCGUGAGCGCACAGGCGGUGUGCAUAGCUAA